GGCCGCCGCGGCCCGGCGCUGACCAGCUCCGUCCGCCCGCCUCUGACCUUCUGGUCUCGCCGGUCUCUGUGCGGCGGCAUCUCCGUGUUCCUGUGGCUUGAGACCGCGGCUGUCGGGUCUCUCCUUCUCUGACCCUGCGUCUCUGUCCCCGCUGUGUCCGCCCUCUCUCCUAGACUCUGUGUCUCUCGCUGUGUCUUGUUUUGGCUGUCACUCCCGGGCUGUCUCCCAGUACUUCCCGGACUCUACCUCGGAAACUUCAUUGAUGCCAAAGACCUGGAUCAGCUGGGCCGGAAUAAGAUCACACACAUCAUCUCUAUCCAUGAGUCACCCCAGCCUCUGCUGCAGGAUAUCACCUACCUUCGCAUCCCGGUGGCUGAUACCCCUGAGGUACCCAUCAAAAAGCACUUCAAAGAAUGUAUCAACUUCAUCCACUGCUGCCGCCUUAAUGGGGGGAACUGCCUUGUGCACUGCUUUGCAGGCAUCUCUCGCAGCACCACGAUUGUGACGGCGUAUGUGAUGACUGUGACGGGGCUAGGCUGGCGGGACGUGCUUGAAGCCAUCAAGGCCACCCGGCCCAUCGCCAACCCCAACCCAGGCUUUAGGCAGCAGCUUGAAGAGUUUGGCUGGGGCAGUUCCCAGAAGCUUCGCCGGCAACUGGAGGAGCGCUUCGGCGAGAGCCCCUUCCGCGACGAGGAGGAGUUGCGCGCGCUGCUGCCGCUAUGCAAGCGCUGCCGGCAGGGCUCUGCGACCUCGGCCUCCUCCACUGGGCCGCACUCCGCAGCUUCCGAGGGAACCCUGCAGCGCCUGGUGCCACGCACGCCCCGGGAAGCCCACCGGCCGCUGCCGCUGCUGGCGCGCGUCAAGCAGACUUUCUCGUGCCUCCCUCGGUGUCUGUCCCGCAAGGGCGGCAAGUGAGGAUGCAUUCCCGCCGUGGCUCCCCACUUCCUCCCAACUGGCUGCCUUCGGGGGCUGUCGGCGCCUUCCACGCCCCCCAGGAUGGGCCCAGAGGCUGGGGGAGCCCCGCGGCGGCCUGAACCCUGCCUCCCUCGCCCACCCUGCUCAUCCGCGUCUGCAGUCAGCAUCCCCAACCUGUGCGUCUCUGUGUCCGGGCCGGCCGGCUGCAGCCACCUGGUGCCUUAGUCCGUGGGCUGGGGGAGGGGGCCCACCCUUAAAGGCGGCGGGAGGGGAGGGAGGGGGAGUGGAGGGUUGGACGGGCCUGGAGGGUAUUAAAGAGACACAGAAGAAGCUGCCUGUCCGAGUGCCUCCCAGUCAUUCAACGAAGGCAAGGCAGCACCAGCGGGACUCUGCCAGGGGCCAGCAGCCUGCAGGAAAGGGGAUGCGAGGGAGCCUGCAUCCCCUGGGGCCUGAGGAGCCCACCACCCUCCCGCAACUGUAGUCUGCGGAGUUGCCUCCUGGGACCGCACCUCCUUCUCUAAAACCUCCCCUCUCCCACCCAACAUACAUCUCUCCCAAAGCCACCGUGUCCCGCCUGACAAGGCCUGAGUUCCUCCUUAUCUCGGAACCUCCUGCCACCUUUUGAAUCCCUCUCUUCCACCCUGAGUGGCCACUCCGCUCCCCGACUCCCUUCCCAUCCCUGUGCACAAAUACUAGCUAGGAAGAUAAGGUAGUGCCUCCCUCAUCCUGACCUUUUACUGCAUGAGUUUACUUAAUCCUCAGGGAGGAAACAGAGGCUCAGAGAGAUCAGGCAGCUUGCCCGAACACACACAGCCAGAGCAGGGGAAGCUGGACGCUAGCUUAGUCAGUCUGAGUCCCACGAUGGCAGGUAGUUAGGAAGUAGCUCCUCUGGUUUGGGAGGUUCCUGACAAGGAGGCUCCACCCCCAGCCAGUGGGAAUGACCCUUCCUGCCAAGAUUUUAAAGGCCAGGGCUGCCCAUCAAAGCAGUAGCUGGCUCUGAGGAUGAGUAGAAGUCACUGCAGCUGAUAUUUCCAAAACUAUACCCAAAGUUGAGAGGGAUUGAAAAUAGCUAUAACCCAAUAGCCCCUUGUAUGGGAUUCUUAAUAUGCACAAACCACUGUGCUCAGGGCUGCCGGGGAGGCACCGAUUCCAGCACUGGAGUUGGGGGAUGGACAAAAUAACCUUCAGCUGCCACCCCAACUUCCUACUCCUCAUUCAUGCAACAAAUGUCCAUUGAGUACCUACUGUGUGCCAGCCAUUGUGUUCGGCCCUCGGUAUAUAGCAAUGAGCAAAACCUCUGCUUUCAGGUAGCUGCCAUUCCGGUCGGGAAGAUACCAGAUAAAAAAUACGCCGGGUGGUGAGGGAGUGGACCAUUUGGUUAUCUGGGGGAAGCAUUCCAGGCAGGCAGAACAUUAAGGGAAAGGCCAUGAGUUCGUAACCUCCUUGCCAGUAGCCUCCAAAACCAGAAGGAGUUACUUCCUAACUACCUACCGUCAUGAGUUAGGGUCUUUCCCUUCACAGUUAAUGUGAAGAGCAAAGUGGCUGGACUUACCAGAGUGCAGGGAGCCCACAUCCUCCAGGCUGGUUAGUUUAAAUGGCAACCAGAUGCCCCAUUUAAAACACCUUCUAUCUCUGAUGGUGUCUUCCCCUAUUUAAAAGUUUCCAUGGAGGCGGAGGCUGCAGUGAGCCAAGAUCGCACCACUGCACUCCAGCCUGGGCGACAGAGCGAGACCCUGUUUGGAAAAAAAAAAAGAAGCCUCCAUGGCCCCCAUCAUCUAUAGGACUGAUCUGAUGUUCCAGAUCAAUCCUUCCAGAUGCUUCAAGAGCCAGGCGGCUACUGGAAUAUGGGGCUGGAGGAAAGGAGGAGCACGAAGAAAGCCCUCCUAGCAGGUACACAUCAGGAACAAUGCUUCCAGUCUCUGGUCAAUGCUGGCCAGGUGCCCAGCUCUGUGCCCACUGCUGUGCAGAGGGGCAGGGAGUGAGGGGCGUUCUCUCUCAGAGCCUCAGUUCCAUGAAUACAGCAAGGAAUGGAGCAAUCUGAGCAACUUGAUCUCUUUCAUAUCCCACAUCUCCUUUGACAAUUUAAUGAAAGAUGCAAACCCCAGAAAAAAAUGCAUAGACAUGAAAUUUACAUUCACUUUUGGGGGUCAGAGACCCCCACCAAGAAUCCACGAAGUGCAGGUGUAGCUGUCGGCAGGCAGUGUGGGGCACACAUUUUGGCUCCUGGCUGCACUACCCACUAGUCCUGUGACCUUGUUAGAGGGUUUAACCUCUCUGAGCUCAGUCUUAACAUUAAAACAGGGCAUUAUACCAA